AUCUUAAAUUAAAAUCAAAUAAAUAAAUAAAUAAAAAUGAAAAAUGGAAAAUUCAAGGUCUUUAAAUGGCGAAGGAGAAAGAAAGCGGGAAUGUGUGCCAUUUAUUCAUUGCUUUUGGAUUUUUGAGCUAAGAACACAACAGAAAAUAGGGCUGAGCUAGCUGAAGCUCCAUUCAAUCCAGAUCUACUUCUUCUUCUUCCUCUUCUUCUUCUUCAGUUUUAGUUUCAGAGAAAAGAGAGAAUGAGUCCUCCGAUUGAAACACCUCACAAGCCAGCUGUUUCAUCUCAUAAUGGACAUCCACCUUUGAAUGAGAGGAUUCUUUCAUCUAUGAGUAGGAGGUCCAUUGCUGCUCAUCCAUGGCAUGAUCUUGAGAUUGGACCUGGUGCUCCAACUGUCUUCAACUGUGUUAUUGAAAUUGGAAAGGGAAGUAAGGUGAAAUAUGAACUUGACAAAAAGACUGGUUUGAUUAAGGUUGAUCGGAUUCUUUACUCAUCGGUUGUGUACCCUCAUAACUAUGGCUUCAUCCCUCGUACUCUUUGUGAGGACAAUGACCCCAUUGAUGUCCUCAUCAUUAUGCAGGAGCCAGUACUUCCGGGAUGCUUUCUUCGGGCUAAAGCUAUUGGACUGAUGCCUAUGAUUGAUCAGGGUGAGAAAGAUGAUAAGAUCAUUGCUGUUUGUGCUGAUGAUCCUGAGUACAGACACUUCAAUGAUAUCAAGGAGCUACCCCCACAUCGUUUGGCUGAGAUCCGCCGAUUCUUUGAAGACUACAAGAAAAAUGAGAACAAGGAAGUUGCAGUGAAUGAUUUUCUUCCAGCUUCAGCAGCCUAUGAAGCAAUCCAACAUUCAAUGGAUCUGUAUGCUGACUACAUAGUUGAGAGUCUGAGGCGGUAGCCGGAGCAAGACAAAUCGGGGGACAGAAAGAGAGAAACAAAGGUGUCCUUUUACAUUUUACUUCAUUGUAACUAAAAAACCAUGAAAGGAGAAAAUCACUAUCUUACCUUUGGUGGUUAUAUACUACUACAAACAACUCAAAACUACUACUAGAACCAAUCAAUCCUUAUUCCUAUAUAUAAGUACUGCAUCAUAGCAAUGAAUGUGUUCAUUUGCUCUUAUUAUUAUAUUUUUUUAAUAUUCUUUUCAAAUUUAUUUUUGUUCUGGUUUGUUUACUAUGUUUUUUUUUUUUUUGACAAAGAGGAAGUGCUUGGAAUGUUGUCUUUUCCCUGUGACACUUCCACACAUGAUGUUCUUUUGUCAAAUUUAUUCUCUUUAUGAGAUGUUUGAAAUUAAUGACACAAUAUAUAUAAAUAUAAUUUUGCUCUCAA